UUGAGGGACAUCAGCGAUGGAUGACAGCAUCAGGAGCUAAUCUGUGCUACUCUUCAAAGGCUCAAACAGUGUUUACAGGAGCUGGUGAGGAUGUGGGGAAAGUUUACGGAGACCCACAAACACUCUGCAGUCGGUACCGAGUCCGUUUUGUCAGGCUCGUCAAAUGUCAGAACAAAAUCUCCACACAUCCGUUUUAUGAGGUAGGUAGGUGUGUCAGACCUGAUUUCAUCAGGUUUGGGUUUAUGUUGCCAGAAUAAAACACACAUCUACUUACGAUUUGGAAGCAGCGCUAGCAGCAGGAGCCAGGAGGUCAGAGCCAGGAGGUCAGAGCCAGGAGGUCAGAGCCUGCAGCCGGCGGACAGAGCCAGCAUCUCGCCAUGGCCACUGCGCGCUUCCCCGGGAAGAGUGUGGACGUGGCCGCCGCCAACUGGACGGCCCCGGCACUGGGCCGGCCAGUGUGUGUCAACGGGACGCCGUGGAUCCUGUACCUGCUGGAGGAGUGUGUGGAUAAUGUGUGGGAAUACUGCAGCGUGGUGAUAGGACUCAUAUCCAUGUUCUGCUUUCUGCUGUCCACUUUACCGCAGGUCUAUGAGGCCUAUCGGAACGGCAAAGUGGAGGAAGCCAUGUCUUUUGGCUUUCUUUUCUUCCUCUUCAGUGGAGACGUGACCAGCUUUGCAGGCUGCUACCUCACUAGCCAGCUGCCCAUUCAGGUAGUCACAGUGGUGUUCUACAUCUUCACAGACCUGAUUCUCAUCUCCCAGUUUCUCUACUAUAAGAUCAAGAACAGCUCCAGCAGAAAAAGCCCUGUGUUGAAGUGGCUGUGCUUCAUGUGGUGUGGUGCUGCUACCUUAGCUCUGCUGGCCUUACCCAAACUCCUCAUAGACAAUAGUACAACUUUAGACACCCAGAGUCCAACUACCUCUAAAUCAGUGGAAAUCACUGGCUAUAUAUGUGGAUACCUGGCAUCUGUCUUCUACCUCUGCUCUCGUUUGCCCCAGCUUUAUAAAAAUUUCCAGCGGCAGUCUACAGAGGGCACCUCUUACCUAUUGUUUGCCCUGGCUAUGAUGGGCAAUGGGACAUAUGGGUUGAGCGUCAUCGUGGUCCUGCCUGCUCUGAGGGGCUCCAAACAGACCUUCAUCAUCAAACAUCUGGCCUGGCUCAUUGGCAGUCUGGGAGUCCUCAUACUUGACUUCUUUGUGACUGCCCAGUUCAUCCUGUACAGGAGGAACACCUCUACUAAAAGCAGCACGCUAAUCGGCAUCCCAGAAGUAGAGCCACUUCUGUGCGAGGAAGUGGAACUGUCGGUGUUAUAGGACACAGAGGGGACGACAACAUGGACCACUUACACAAGAAUGGACUGGUCAGUCUGUGGUUUGUUUUGGAUAAUUCAGUGGCUUCUCGGUGGUCAUUGAUUUACUCGUUUCAACCUAAGAGAACAAAGACAUUGCAGAAGUGUUGUAGAAGAUAAUAGUCGGCUAUUCUAGUGCGUCUUUAUAGUCUGAUAUUCUGCUGUGAAUAGGACAAACACCACGAUCAACUCUUCUAUUGGUUUAAUGUUGUAUUAAGGCAGGAAAAGAUCUGCUCAAUAAAUGUUUCUGUUCACUGGUUAGUGUAGUUCAAUUUAGUACCACUUUAGACACAUUUCUGUCUGAGUAAACAUGACUGAAAUCUUUUUCUGGUAAUGAGUGCUGUCAUUUUCAAAUGGUCCCCUGGGAUUUCUUAAUUUUGAGUUGGAUGGAAUAAAUGUGUUUUUAUUUGCCAUUGGGGACUGUACACACCCAGAAGGGGGGGGGAGGGGGUGUAAAUCCCAGACAUCUUUUCACCAAUGCAAGCAUUAUGGAAGAAUGAAGUGCCUGUUUUAUUUACACAUUUCUGACAGGGUAAACACAGACGUAGAGGAUUGCAGUGUUAAACAAGGAUGCAUGGUAUGGGAUUUAAGUUUGGUAUGCGAGUGCCAUAACAUACACAGUAAUAGAGGAACCAACACUAAUGCUAACAGGAAAUUAUCUUGCAAAACAUUAGAACGCAAGACGUAUGUCAUAUGACAUUAAAUAGACAGGAUGUGGACGUCUGCAGGGGUAUAAUGGCCUCAUUCCUGUUUAAAGGGGUGUUCCGUUUUUUUUGGUUCAAGCUCUCCUGGGUAAACAUACUGUUUGUGCCUUUUUUUUAAACUUAAAAUCUUAAUAUAAAUGCACUCUAUAUCAAUUUUUAAAUUAAGUCAGGUUUCUAAGUUAGUGACUGUUUUAUUUAAGAUGUUGUUUUUCUUAGAAAAUGAAGUGGGACCUUUUUCUCUUUUUUACCCUCUAAUAUGAUCUGUGUCUGUAAGUGUUGUGUGAGUGGCAUUAAGAGUAAUGACAACCUUUUUUGUAACAUCAUCACGUCAUUCAAAGACAUGGAAGAGAGAAAGGGGGUUAGUGAUGAUGUAUUUUCAGAGAGAACAGGAACAUUAAUGGGAUGCUAUUGAGAGACUUGUUAAAGUAAUGAGGUUCAAAAUUAGCUUCCUGUUUCUAUUCUGUCAACAGGUUUAAAGCAGAGGAGACGCUCUUGUCGACUCCAAUUUAUUUUUAAAACACUUAAAAACACCUUGUUAGCUUCAUUACAGUCGUUCACAUACUGGCACAACACAAAUAGAUGACAACAAAGGAGAAAACAACAAAUAAACAAAUCGUUCUCUUAUUGAUGAGCACUUAGCAAACCUAUCCACACAUCAAUGUUGUGCCAAAUGUUAGACAGUAUGUAUGUGGUGCUGUCACCGUUUAACCUGCUCAUCUGCAUCAAUAGAGUACCGUGUACUUGCCGAGAUCUGCAGAUUUCUCUACCUCAUUGUUAUAGUGUGGAUUUCUCCCAGUGUGCAUGAAGAGCCGGCUCGUAACUAGAGCACAAUGGGAGAUUAAUCGAGCACACGUUGCGUUUAAAAAUGUGAAAUAACGUCGUAACAUCUGUUUUAUAAAGUAACAGUUAAGUAUAAUAUUAUCACAAUCUCAUGAAUAUGACUCACUGGCUAUAGUCAGGUGAUGCAAUAAUGUGGACUUAUGUACAUAUGGGGGGUUUGUUAUGAAUUAAGUUACUGAAAAGGACGUUUAUUUGCAAAUAUAUGCAAUUAGAGUCAAAUGUUUUUGCAAAUUAUUUUUGUAUUGCACGAUUCAUACUUUGAUCUCCCUUCUUAAUUAUUUCUGAAUUAAUCUUUUUCAAUCUAGCACUAGAAAAGUUCAUAUUUAUUGUUUAUAUUGCUACUGUAUACAGUGGUUCCCAGCCUGGGGGUCGGGACCCCAACUGGGUGUCGCCAAAGCUUCACAGAUGGUCGCAGGGCCUUGAGGAUUUUAAGGGGUGUAGGAAAACUUAAAAGAUGUACACAGGAGGACUACAUCUCAGCAUUUUGUUCAUUUAUGUGAAGAAAACUAAAUUAAAUUGUCAUUUUUAAAGUUUUUAAUGUUUUUUUUUUUUUUAUGUUUUAUUUAAGCUUGAAACUUUGAAGACAUGACAACAAGCUAUAUUCACAGAGCUUUCACUCUCUGAUAAACAUAAUAAAAGCCAGAGGUUAAAACAACCAAAUAGCUAAAAGAACUAUGUACUAGGAGUUUGACUAAAAUAAUAAAAUAAUCUGCUAAAGAUUCAUCAAAAUUGGUUGUUCUACCCAAAUUUCCUGAAAUAUCCAUAAAAUAUGUCACUUUGUCAGGAGUAGUCAGUUUACUCAAUGCUAGAAAAGGGGUCUCUUCAGGACAAAGGCUGGGAACCACUGAUAUAUAACAUGUAUUAUUUAUAAGAUGUAGUUUUUACUUUAAUAGUGACACAAUUGCUAAGAUAUAUUUAUUUUCUUUAAGCAUACUGUGCAUUUUACUGUACAUGGCCAACUUUAUUGUAAUUCUAAGCUCUGUGCCAGGGUAUGUUUACUGCCAGUGUCCUCUUAUAAAGCCUGUAUGUAAAAAAAACCACUGUAUGUAUGAUAAUAACUAUGUAUAAUGUAUGAAACUUGAAUAAACUGCAAUACACAGCAUAUCAUCAGUUAA